AUGGCUUCACUCGACCAGACUAUUCCUUCCACCAAACAAGCAAGAUUUGAAGAUCCGGCCCCUCAUGACAACAGCUCAGAUGGCGAAAGAGAAGAAAAGACUACACGAGAGAAGUUGAGAGACACCACUCUCGCUAAAAACGACGAGACACCAUCAGGCGACGCUACCACAAGUGAUCUUGUGUCCGAGAAUGGCGGUGACAGCGGGUCUAGAGGACGACCGUCCAAGAAACGAUCGUUCGAAGACCUACAAGCUGAGGACUCUCCAGCAGGAGUCGAAAAUGGCGGUCCUCCGCUGCCGAAGAAAGGCCAUCAUAAGAGGAUGCGAUCGAGAGAAGUCUCCGGCAAUGAUGAGGUCCAAGGACUCGACAAACUUUCUGACGUUGCAAGCCCAGUUCAGGAAGAAAGCGAUGUGGAAGCACAAAAGUCACCCGGUGGUCCUGGUGUUCUUGUCUUAGCGCCUUCUAAGCAUCAUGGGGACGCGCCUAAUGCUACAGACAAGUCCGCGGAAUCAAGCACGACAGCCACCUCCGCGACCGCCGUUAAGGGUCAAUCAGCAUCGCAACCUUCUUUGUCCUCGGGUUUCGCCAACACAAGUACAGCUUCGCCAUUCGGCGCUUUCAAGCCUGCCAAGUCGCCAUCUUCUGAAGCCGAGUCUUUGCCACAGCCAGAGAAAGCCACCACAACAUCAGCAUUCGCAUCCUCGGGUCUUUCUGCCUUUGCAUCAUCGGAAAAAUCUCCCUUUGGUUCGGUGGGCUCAACGGCGAAAGCGAGCGGUGGUUUCGGUGGGGGUGGGGUUGGAAGCGGAAGCGGUUUUGGCGCCCCGUCUCCUUUUGCAAGUAAAUCGUCGUCUGGAUUUGGUUCUGGUGGUGGAUUUGGUUCUACAACUGGGCAUGGUGGAAGUUUCGGUAUCCCGAAACCAUUCGGAUCAAGUGGCUCGUCGUUCGCCGCUCCUGUUGGCGCGGCUGGUACUUUCGGCAAAUCCAGACCUUUCUCGCCAACAAAAGACGACGACGAAGGAAGUGAGAACGACGCUGAUGGAAAUGAGGAAGCCUCUGCUGUGGAUGCCCCUCAAGAUCCUAGGUUUAAGGAACAAGACGUCGCGACGGGUGAAGAAGAGGAACAAACUGUUUUCACAUGCAGAGCAAAACUUUACCAUUUCGAAAAGGAAUGGAAAGAACGUGGAGUCGGCGUGUUCAAAAUCAACAUUCGGUACGAAACCCAAACCGAGACAGACGCAGGCGAAGAGGAUGUCGAAGCUGGCGAAAACGGUGACUUGGAGCGGAAAGGGAAAGCCCGUAUCAUCAUGCGAACCGAUGGUGUACAUCGUCUUGUUCUAAACACACCAAUUUUCAAAGAUAUGAAUGUCGGAACGCACGACGGGAAAGAGCCAAUAGGCAGAACGAUGCACCUGACUGGACUAGAGGACGGUAAACCCACAGGCUAUCAAAUAAAGGUCGGCAAAGAAGAGGUUCUGAAAGAUAUCUAUCGCCAAAUUCAGGCACUCAAGAAGGAACUUUGA